AUGUGGGCGGCUUCUGUGGUGCGCCGCAACGCUGCGACCAAGGUCUCGAUGCACCGCGCUCAGCCGCUGGCGAAGCAUGCGCCCAUGGCCAUGCAGACUAGUCGUGGCGCGCAAGUCGGCCGGCUUCAGCUCCGCCAAGCCAGCUCCACAGUGACGAAGGAGUCGAACCAGAUGAGCUGGCUCGUGGCCUCGGGCACCGGCGCCUUCGCAGGCACGGUCUCUGCCCUCACGGGCGUUGGCGGUGGCAUUAUCAUCAUCCCUGUGAACGCUGGCCAAGUGACGGGCUUGACGCAACAAGCCAUCAACGGCACGUCGAUCGCCGCCGUGACUGUGAGCGCCACCGUGGGGUCUGUAAACUACCUCAUGGCGGGCUGUGUCAACAUCCCGAUGGCGGCGCUCGUGACAUGCUCGUCCAUCUUCUUCACCAAGGUCGGCGUCCAGUUGGCCCACAAGUGCGCUCAGCCAAGUGCACCUGCGCCGCGUCGUGGGGCGGCGAUGCUCAUCAGCGUGCCUUUCAUCUACUUUAAGCACGAGCUCCAGGCCCGUCGAAGCGACGCGAGCCGGUCGGACAACAUUUCGCUCGAGAAGCGCUUGGACCUGCAGUACUUCACACACCACGCCGAUUCGUCGGCGUACGUGGACGCAGUCGCGAAGAACUUUCCGCACUUCUGCGCCGUCAACGCCAAGUACCUCGUCGCUGGUGCCAUCUCGGGCUUUGUCUCGGGCCUCUGCGGCCUCGGCGGUGGCAUUCUCAUGACGACGUACUUGACGGCGGCGAGCGAGAUGCCGCAGGCCGACAUCAUUGGCACGUCGCUCUUGGGUAUCGUGCCUGUGGGCCUCUCGUCCACCUACCACAACCUGCAGAAGAAGUCGGUGCACCUGCCGAGUGCGCUCAAGAUCGGCGUCGGCCUCGUCGCUGGCGUUGCCAUCACGUCCAAGUACGUCACGCUCAACGUGUCGCAAGAGAACCUCCGACUCAUCCUUGGCUCGACGCUCGCGACGUCCGCCAUCGUCAUGCUCAAGAAGGCCUGA